AUGGAAACCCUCCCGCAGUCGACUGCGUCCCCCAAGAGAAGCCAUCUCCCCCACCAGAUCUGCGUCCUCCUGCUCACUUUCUCCGCGUACGCCUCUUUCCAUGCCUCCCGCAAGCCCCCCAGCAUCGUGAAGAGCGCCCUAGGAUCUGAGAUAUCGCCGGUCGAGGGGUCUAAUUCCACCGGCCACGGCUGGCCUCCGUUCGAUGGGCCCCGGGGGACGCACCGCCUGGGAGAGCUCGACCUCGCGUUCCUCGCCUCCUACUCCAUCGGGAUGUACUUCGCAGGCCACGUCGGGGACCGGAUCGAUCUCCGCCGAUUUCUCUCCUUCGGGAUGGUCGCGAGUGGGAUCACCACCAUCGCCUUCGGGAUGGGCUACUGGUGGAAGAUCCACAGGUUUGGUUUCUUCCUGGCUGUUCAGGUCGUCAGCGGUGUUUUCCAGUCGAUUGGAUGGCCGUGCGUCGUGGCUGUGGUGGGGAACUGGUUCGGCAAAUCGAAGAGAGGCCUCAUAAUGGGGAUCUGGAACUCGCAUACUUCCGUGGGGAACAUCGUGGGGUCGGUGACCGCCUCGGCGGUGCUGGAAUAUGGUUGGGGGUGGUCGUUCUUGCUUCCGGGCUGUCUAAUCGUGGUGGUAGGGUUUCUCGUCCUCGCAUUCCUGGUCGUCAGCCCAAAGGAUUUAGGGUAUGAACCUGCUGCGCCCAUGGAGGUAGAGAUGAGCGGAAGCAGCGUUAUCAAUGGAUCUGCAGAAAAUAUGGAGGGCGUGCAGCUGGAGGAAGCCAGUCUCCUAACCCCGAGACAGGAUCCAGAUUCAGCUUCUGCCAUCGGUUUCCUGGAGGCAUGGAGGUUGCCCGGGGUGGCGCCAUACGCUUUCGCUCUCUUCUUCUCCAAACUGGUGGCGUACACGUUCCUCUACUGGUUGCCAUUCUACAUACGAAAUACUGGUACGUGAUCUCUGCACAGAGGAUCUUCUGUUCCUCUUGAUAGCACACAAUCCCGUAGAACAGCGGUGGAUUGUAGCUGUAUUUUUUUCUUUUUUCCCUGUUCCCAAUUCCUUUUACCCUUUUCUUCCGUGCAUCUCUAGAACCCUAUCUAUUUCAGUAAUUUCCAACAAUUUUCUGAUCAAAAGGAACUGGAAUCCUGAAGUUCCCAUUACCUAGAACCUCAGAUUACAUCAAACUUACCAUUUCUAUUGCUGUUAUCUUCUAUAUUUCGAUUUCAAUCAAAGUGUGGUACUGCUCUGUAGUAAGAUCUAAUUCUUCAAGCAUCUCAAAUUGGUUUCUUACAUUAUGUUUAGAGCAAUCCUGUAGAACACCAUUGGACUAUUGCUGUUUAUUUUUUCUCCUAUUCCCAAAUCCUUUUAACCUCUUCUUGCAUCCAUCUCAAGAACCCUAUCUAUUUCAGUAAUUUGCUGAUCAAAUGGAACUGGAAUCUGGGACCCUCAGAUUACAUCAAACUUACCAUUUUUGCUGCUGUUAUCUUUCCAUAUUUGGAUUUAAAUCAAAAGUGGUGGUGCUCUGUAAUAAUUCUGCAGGCAUCUCAAAUGGGUUUCUUACAUCAUGUGGCAAUGUGAGAGUGGAACAGCUUCCUAUGAAUAUAAUGGAAGGGGAGUAGCCCCUGAGGAUAAGAUGAUCUGUCGAAUUUAUAUGUGAUCGAAUUUUACAUCAGAUACAUAUAAGUUGGAUCACAUUCCUUGAAAAUAUUAGCAAAAUUAAGCGUGUUUCCAUUAUUUUACUCGAUUUUUUUUUAUAUUUAAGUAGGAAUCAGUGUGAUCUUCUGACCCUAAACUGACCGUUUUAUUGGAAUCUCUUGAAGCCGUCGCCGGAAGGCACCUGUCGAACAAGACGGCGGGAAUCCUCUCGACAAUCUUCGACAUCGGAGGAGUCUUCGGCGGAAUCUCAGCCGGGUACAUAUCCGACAAGAUGGGAGCUCAUGCGGUCACUUCGCUCAUCUUCCUGUUUCUAUCGAUCCCAACCCUAAUUUUUUACCGGGUAUUUGGGAGCGUCUCAGGGUUGCUGAACAUCACAUUGAUGUUCCUCUCUGGCUUCUUUGUGAAUGGCCCGUACUCCCUCAUCACCACGGCCGUCGCCACAGACCUCGCCACGCAGGACUUGAUCAAAGGAGACUCCAGGGCUUUGGCCACCGUGACGGCCAUUAUUGACGGCACGGGCUCUGUGGGAGCAGCUCUCGGCCCUCUGCUCACAGGUUAUAUUUCAUCGAGGGGGUGGAACAGCGUGUUCGUCAUGCUCAUCCUUGCAACCUCCCUGGCCAGCAUGUUCUUGAUCCACAUUGCAAAAGCUGAGAUUGCUAGAAAGUAG